AUGACUCACCGAACCAUUCCCUCUCUCCUCAACACUACUAUCGUCAUUCUUUCCGUUUUCAUUACUACGCUCUAUGACUUUUACUGGUCUCCAAUACACCUUCUGUUCACCUACCUCAUUCCCAUCGCUCCCUUGUUUUAUGCGGUCGAUGGGUAUGUAUCAUGCACACGAGGUAGGACCGCUGAGGAAACGUGGGCGCUUUUGCGUCGCCAGCGGGGUCUAGACCUCAGUGAAUGGGAGCUCAAGAGUGGGGAACAAACGGCACUUUUGCCAUUUGGAAAAUUGUACUGGUAUUCGGGGGUUAGGAAGACGAGCGGAAGAUAG